AUGAUUGAGGAGUUUGCUAAAGAAAAAGUUUUUUGGACGAGAAAAAUGAAUCUAAAACUUGUGUACUUUAUUCAAAGCAAACCAAAUAUUUGGAAUCCUAAACAUCCAAAAUAUACAUCAAUGGAAGACAGAGAUCAAACUUAUGCUGAAUUUGCGGCACAGUAUGGUGAUAAAUUUACAGGCCAGGCUGUUAAAAAUCGGUGGACAAAUAUCAGAUCGACUUUUGCUAAUUAUUUAAGGAAAUUAAAUGCCAGCCGUGCAAGAGGCGAGGAAUACAAAAUUAACUGGCACUUAUGGAAGCCUUGUCAGUUUUUAAUGAGAGUAAACAGGACAGUUAAGGACUCGACACAGAACUUCAAAGAAGAAAAUGAAAAUAAUGUGAUUGAAAAAGAAGCAUGCAGCAGCGAAGAUGAAAUUCUUACUAAUAAUACAUACUCUGGUUAUUGCAAGAACAUAGUUGAGAGUUUAGUUGAAGUAUUUAAAGGAAUACAAAAUGAUCCCUUUGGUUUAGAUAACACAAAAUAUAGCAAAAUAGGUCAACUUGUGACAAAAAAGUUAUCACAUAUGAAUUCAUAUGAAGCUUCAAAGGCCACCAAAAGAAUAGCUGAGAUUUUAUUACUUUAUGAUGAAAGCAAUCCAUAUAAUCCAAAUAACAAUGACACUUAA